GAUGCUCUUCUCGCGCUGCCUGUCAGGUGUAGCCAUACGUAGUAGAGCAUAGACACGCCCAAUCGUGAAGUCCUAGGAAGUUAGUUAGCUAGACAAUCUAGUUUCGCAUUUUAGUUUAGCUGUCUGGCUAGCUCAUUUAGCUCCAAACAAAUAAUCCACGUAUACAUAUUUAUUGUCAACGAUGGACAAGCUUCGUAGUAUGAUAGGGGGGCGAGAAGACAACGAAGAAGCAGGCCUCACGGCGCAGGUCCUGGAUGCCUCAACCCUCAGCUACAGCACCCGGGUGAAGUGGUUUGUCAUAUGCUUCGCCUCAGGCAUCCUGUGCUCCAUACUGGGCACUGCACUGCUGUUCUUACCCGGCGGCACCAAGCUGUUUGCUGUGUUCUACACACUAGGGAACCUCGCUGCACUCUCCAGCACCUGUUUCCUCAUGGGACCAUUGAAGCAGCUGAAGAGGAUGUUUGAGCCCACCAGAUUGAUAGCCACCUGUGUGGUGCUGCUCUGUCUCAUUUUGACGCUUUGUGCAGUUUUCUGGUGGAAUAAGAAGGGACUGGCCAUCAUCUUCUGCAUUCUACAGUUCUUGGCCAUGACGUGGUACAGCAUCUCUUAUAUUCCAUUUGCAAGGGAUGCAGUGAUGAAGGUCUUCACCAGCUGUCUGAGUUAGAAAACAGACGUGGGUUCAAACACUAUUUGAAAUCACUUUAGCUGGGCUUGACUGAGCUUGCCUGACGUGAUGGAACCAAUAGAAAAUUGCUAAACUGAAAACCCCACCCACCUGACACUCCAGGAAAGCUAGAGCAAAUGCUCUGGGUAUUUGAAAGAUUUCGAAUUGUAUUUAAACCCAGGUCUAAUGUUUCCAGACUGUCCACUUUUUCAUGUGAAGACUAGUCCCAAAUAUGCAGAGUGGAUAUAUGUAAAAUAUUUUGUUUUUGGAAUUGUGUUUUUCCUUUUUAUUUUCUAAUAUAUAUUUUCAUUGCUGUUUCAUACUAUGAAUCAUUAAUAUGUCCAAUAAUUGUAUAACAGUGAUCCGAAACUAAAGUGUAUUCAUAUUAUUAUGCUUACCAGGGUUGGGGUCAAUACCAUUUAAAUGUAUUUAAUUCAGGACGUUGACUAAAAUUCUAAUUCUAUUCUCAUUGAGAAGCGUUGACGAAAUUCCGAAUUGGAAUUUCAGUUCACUUCCUGAAUUGACAGAGUUUAAAUGGAAUUGACCCUGCUUGAUGCUUGUUUGUUACACUCAGAUUCUGUCUGUCGUUUUAAGUGCUUCUGGUGAAAGAGAGAGGUAAAUGCUUGAAAUUCAAAUUGAAUUGAAGGCAGUCCGUUCCGGAAGUGAUUUAAAUUAAAAAAAUUUAACAACUCUUGAAAUAAAUAGCUUUUACAUUUCAGUUUGUUGGAAAGUCAUUAAAAUAGAUGACAUUUGUUCAAUUAUUGGAUUUGAAUUUUAGAUAACUUCCUGAAUUGACUGCUUUGAAUUUGAAUUGACCCUAACUCUGCAAAAAUACCAAUUUUGUAUCUUGUUCUUUCAGAGCAGGUUAAAUGCUUAUAGACAUUCACAAUAUGAUGCCUGUAAAAGUGAAAAUACAACUCAAUGCCUUACCUUUUUCUGCUUUUGGAUUUUGUCUAAUGAAAAUAAGAUUUGCUGAUAUUUUAACAUUAAUUUUCCUUUAGAAGAAUGGAAUAUGACUUUUUGAUGAAUGACAUCAAGAAAUGUUUUCAUUUUGAAACUGCACUCCAUUCAGUAAACUAACUUAGUUCAA